CGUCUCUCAGAAGUGCAAAUGCGCAAAUAUCUCUCUGCCAGCUACCGGUGAUUCGACACUUGUGGUGGACUGCUAAUUUAAGGUCUGAUGGCGAGCCGGUUAGGGCUACUCCGUGGCAGCUUCCUGCACAGAUGCAUGCUGGUCUUAACCUUCCUGCUCUUGUUGUGUGAGAUAGUUGUCAGCCGCCUCUGUAACUCCCUCAUCAUCAUGGUGGAUGGCUUCCACACCCUUUUCAUCCUCAUACACAUGGCUCUUCCUCUUCCUCAAAACACCCUGGGCAGGAGGCCCUCGAAACAACAACCCGUGUCACCUUUCUGUUACCCCAUCGCCUCCAUCUCCUCACAGUCGCCUGUCCAGUCUUCCCCCGGAAUCCCGGACACCUCCCGUAUCUCCUCCGUCUUUUCCAACUCAACACCCUGUCCUUCCCCUCCCCUCUCAACUCCAGUCCGCACCACCUCUUCCCAGGGUCCCUCCAAAUCCCUCACCCCACCAACCAUCCAUGACGGCCCCUCAGAUUCCAACCACCACACCUUUGGUCCCCAGGCCACCCUGCCUGUACCGACCACCCCUCUCCCACCAGGAGUCACCCCUCCAACCUCCCUGUGUGGGCUCUCCUACAGUAAGGCCCGGACCCAUCCUGUGGGCGCCUUGUUCUCCGCACUCCUGCUGGCCGCCCUGUGUGUCUCGGUCUCCCUGGAGAUCCUCAGUCACAUUCUGCAGCCCCAUCCCAUACAGCACCCCCGGCUGGCCACCACAAUGGCGGUCGUCAGUCUGCUUCACAACCUGCUGGUGCUGGGGUUCCGCUGUGCCAGCCUGCUGGGCUCCAAGACCGGCGCAGGCGGGCAGGGGCUGGAGAGCGUUGACAUGUGUGGUAGAGGAAGGGUCAAAGCCAAGGUCCUGACCGACGAGGGCCCAGCAGUGGGGGGAGAGAAGGACAAUGGCAGCGUCCUCCCUGCACGCCUGAGAGGUGCCUUCCAAGAAGGAACCCUCGUCCUCUGUAACCCUGGGACCUCCAGUGUUCUGAACUCUGGCAGGGAGCCUCAGCUUCGAACCCAGACAGCCCGACUGUCCACGGGCACCACUUCCCUUUCACCGCCUUGCUGUGGAGAACACAUUGUCCCUGUUGACUCAUGCACACCGCACUCGGAACACGGAACGUCAGAGACGCCAAAACGUUUUCCGCAUCCCAAGGACCCCCACACUGAGGGGUCAAAGUAUAGUGGCUGCAUGGGACACAGAGAUAACCAGACGGAGCUCCCAACGCCUUCCACCCUGCAUCCACAAACGCCCACAGGGGCCUCCAGACCCAGGGUCCAACUUCCUGCCUGUCUCCCGUCCCUUGUAGUCCUCACUCAGGCACUGCUGGGCUCCGUGCUGGCCCUCACCAGCGGGCUAGCCCUGCUACUCCUCGGCCCAGACUGCGCACGUGGCUCCGGGGCCUGUGGCCCCUUCGUCUACCUGGACCCUGGCUUCACCGUGGUGGCCGUGGCGGUGCUUCUGGCCACCGCCCUUCCCCAGGUGCAUCGCUACGGCCUGCUGCUCCUCCAGGCCAGUCCGCCCCAGGUCUGUGUGUCCGAUCUGGGCCGGCGGAUCGCCGGUGUGCCUGGGGUGCGGGGGGUGCACGACCUCCACGUGUGGCGUCUCACGGAGAGCCUCCUGGUCGCGUCGGUGCAUGUCCACUGCCACGCAGCCGAGCUGCAGACACACAGGUGUGGCGACCUGAUGUCGGGGGUCACCAAUGUGCUGCACAGCGUGGGUGUGAGCUGCUGUACCGUCCAGCCGGAGUUCCUCCUCUCCUCUCCCACCACCGACAGCCAGCCGGACAACAGCGACCCCGGCGUCAUCAGUAGAGAGGUCCCCGGGCUGGCCCCACAUCUGUCCUGUAGCCUGGCCUGUGGGAAGGGCUGUGCUGGGAAGAUGUGCUGCACUCCUCCGGAGGAGGUGCCCAGAGAGCCACUGGCACCCCCUGCUGGGGACACAGAGGAGGAGCCCCACGUGCUGAUCAUAGAGAACACCUUCCUGUGAGGAAACUGGGAUGUGUUUUUCUACAGGGUGAAUCUCAGUAAUGUAGUGUGGACUCCUCUCCUCGCCAGCAUCCCUUUGUGUGCACUCAUGUAAUACACGGAGGAGUGAAUGGGAGUGUACCACUUUGGGCAGUUACUGAAAGAUAAAAUCUCGGGAUAACACAUUAGAGUGGUGUCAGAACUACUCUGAAAAGCUUUUGCCAUUAUGUUAUAGAGGUUAAUUUUAGCGAGCUAGAUAGUGUAAUCUGUAAAAAUCAGGUUCUCAGGUGAAGAGAGCAUGUGUGUUUGUAUGUGUGUGGUUGUGUGUACAGGUUUUACUAUCCUGAUUGGAACCAAAAAACCCUUUAAAGACAGUAAAACACAGAACAUUUUACCUCAGAAUAACAUUUUGCUCGUCCUCUUGAGCAAAAAGGCAAUUGUUGUCUUCUGGGUUUAGGUUUAGGGCAAAAGCUACAAUUGGGGUCAUUGUUAAGGUAAGGUUAAAGGGGUUCGGUUAGGACAGGUGUAGGCAUUCAUGUUCAUGCCAAGCUGCGGGGUACCAAUUUAAAAUGUUUCUUCAGUUGACACUGAACGAACCCCAGGUGCGGUGUGUUGAAUUUAAUCCAUGACUGUGCUCUGGGUUGGUCAAGUGGUCAAAGACGCUGGCAUAUGGCGUACAGUCAGCGCAGUAGCAUAGGCUGGCCCACGGCAAUGCCAGCACACUGUUACUUCCCCACUGUCUCCUACCAAUAAAGACAAAAAUAAAUAAAUAUAGUAGAAACAGAAAAGAUUUCACCUUUUGCCGGUCCCAAUGAGGCAAAAGUCAAUGUCCGGCUCAGGUUUUAGGUUAAGGGUCAAACUUACAAUUGAUUUUAGAGUUGGAAUUGAUGUUUCUUUAAGGUCCAGGUGUUGUUAG